AUGGCAUCCGCCGCCCUCCUCCGCUCGUCCUCCCUCACGGCCUGCCCUGUAAACGUCUUUCCCCUCACGCAAGCCCCCGCGUCGACUCGCCAUGUCUCGCUGGGGGUGGCCGCGGGAACGACGAGACGCAACACUCGGCGAGACCUGCGCGUGCGCGCGGAGCAAGGAAGGCGGGCGGGGGAGACAGAGCAGCGCAGCGCAGCGGGGGAGGAGGAGUCGCGGAAUGAGCUCCGCCCCAUGUCCGUUGCGCCCAUGCCCGUCGCCGCCCUUGCCGCUGGUAGGCGCGUGCUGGUAGGUGGAAGGGGGGGGGUUGCUGCUGGUAGCGGGAAAGGGGGAGGGGAGGGGCUUGCUGCGGCAAUCGUUCCUCACUCACUCACUCACUCAUCCGCCGCUCCCCUUGGCCACCUCUAUCCCUUCCCGACCAUCCCCCCAGCUCCCAACUCUCCUGCCCACUCCCACCUGCUUGCCUUCCCUUUCCCCCCAUCCCUUUCCUCCUUUGAUUCUCUCCCCUUUUCCUGUUUUCCUGUUUCCACCUUUCCUCACCCCUUUUUCCUUCUCGUCCCCCCCUUUCGCUCCUCGCCCCCCUCCCCUUCUUUUCACUUCCAAAUUUCCCCUCUCCCCCACUCUCCCACCCGCCAAUCGCCCAGUCGAUGCCUUGAGAGAGCCGUUGAAACCUCAAACCCCCCCACUCUCCCCCUCCCUUCUUUCCGCCUCCCUGCUUCCCCCCCUCCCACUCUCCCCCUCCCUUCUUUCCGCCUCCCUGCUUCCCCUUCUCCCCACUCUCCCCCUCCCUUUUUUCCGCCUCCCUGCUUCCCCUCCCCCCCACUCUCCCCCUCCCUUCUUUCCGCCUCCCUGCUUCCCCUCCCCCCCACUCUCCCCGUCCUUUUUACCGCCUCCCCCCUUUCCUCCUUCCCCCCACCCGCCAAUCGCCCAGCUUAUGCGCUGAGGGAGCUGUUGCAGCCGUAUGGGGAGUUGGUGUUUUGA